CCAAAACGCAACCCCGGUUUUGACACACAGCGAAAUCAUGGACAGGAGGAGUGCAUUGGGCUAAGACGAAGAAGAAGAUAAAGAGCUGGGGCUUGUUUUAAGUCCUGGUGGGGUCCAAUCAAGCAAAGCAUUUAUGAAAAAUCUCAUUGGACGCGGGGAACACCUUCUCCCAGUUUGGUAGCAGUCACGUUUUGAGCUUCUUACCACCCCCCCCCCCCCUCCCCCCGUGCGAUCGCUCUCUGCAUAUUCAUUUUUUUGUUUUUGUGUUUUUGUUUUUUUUUUCUCUCUCUCUCUCUCUCGUUUGGAAGGCUUGCUCGGGAUGCUGCUCAUCACCAUGCUGCAGUCGUAGGUGGUUGCUCUCCAAUUGGAGACUCGGCCAUUCCUUUUCUCCAGGGAUCCUCUGUUUAUGAAGGGGCGAAAAAAACAAGUGGAGGCUAAUGCUUUUGCGGAAUUCUACGAGUACGCUCAUAUGUUUGGUGAGAGAGGGCGAGGACUUUCUGUCGCAAGCAGUAAUUAUGGACCCACAGGCAAAAUCCUAAAAGAUUUUUGAUUCCACACCAGGUUUUCUAGCUUUGGAAGGUGGAGCAGCGUUGUUGCAAGGUGAAGUGGUCGACUUUACCUUCAAUUGUUUGAUCAACGAAGGUCAAAGGUUAUCAGUUACUUCGUGUACGUAGUAGUUAUAUUAGGGGCCUUAGCAAAGUGAACGAUCGCUGUUGAGAGGGCUUUCCCAGAAUUAAAGCAGGUCUAGGAUUGGACCUAUUUUCUGCUGCAACAUGGGGGCUGGGCGAAGAGAAGUCGGAAACGAAAAGGGCAAGCAGGUGAUGUUACCAACAUCUGAAGCAGAAAACGGAUUGGAAAAGUAUUUAAUCUUGGACGAAGGUUGCACCCAAACCACACAUACAUCAUGCCCAGCAGUGGUGAUACCGGCGGAGAUUGUAGAAAGAAUCUUGUCGCUUUUGCCACCCCCGGUUAUAUUCAAGUUCCGCUGUGUGUGCAAAGCAUGGAACAAGUUGCUUUCCUCUCCAUCUUUCUUAAAGACAUGCAGACCAGAGCCUCUAUGCAGACCAAUAUUUUUCUUCUUCACAGACGACUGGAAUCGGAGAGUGGCAGCGUAUAGGUUCGAGUCCAAGAAGUGGUUCAAGUUCCCCUUUAGCUGCGUCCCCCAUCUGACAGAUGUGAGAGCUAGUGCUGGAAACUUGGUCUUGUGCGGUAACCUCGUAGCCAAAGCCGAUGGCUUUGUUGAGGAUGGAUACGUAGUUUGCAAUCCGAUCUCAAAACUGUGGAUUCAACUACCUCAGCCACCGUCCCAACACAAAUCAGCAACCUCUCCAGUUAUGGCUAUGAAGCAUCUGGGAGAUCCCUCCUCCUCUUCAUUUCAUGUCACGCAGUCGAUCACGGUUGAAGAUGAUCGGCACCUGGGAGGUAAUAGUCACUUCACCUUGCUUCAAGUCUACAGCUCCGACACGAAGCAGUGGAUAUCUGCGGGGAGGAUUUGGCACACCGUGCUUAUCUCCAUGGUGUGGUGCAAUGACAUACUCUACUGCUUGAACAGCCUCCGCCAUCUCUUCUUCAGCACAACCUUGGACAGUCUCCAUUGGCAGAGCGUGCAGUUGCCAAUCGUUAAGGAACCUUCCAUGCUGUUGGAGUGGAAUGGGCGUGUUAUUUUACUAAGCUUUCGCGUCUUUUCAAACAAGUUGCGGGUUUGGAUGCUAGAUACUCAGAUCCCCUACAGUUGGAUACAUCUCGGACAGACUCGUGCGAUUGCGGAGUUGGGCUCCCCCGUCGUGUGUGGUGAUGUUAUCGUUUUCAUUAGUAAGAGGGAUGUUGAAGCAAAGGUCGAUCUGGUUACAUUCAAUCUUCGCGACAAGAGGUGGAGGGCCAUUGAGAGAUGUCCAUUCAUCGAGCGAACUGGUGACAAUGUCUCAUUUCCUAGCUCAUGGUCAUGCAUUCCCUCCCUGCAUUCGCCUUUCUAAAGAAUUCUAGCAUUCUUCUGCAGGCUGUCAAGCUAAUUCCGCAUGUUGCACGUCAGUGGGAUUUGGACGUGCAGUGGUUCUGUUCAAGUUGUAAACACGCAAUACAGAGGGUGUUAAACUCCACAAUAGAGGGGUUAAUGUCGGCGCUUGUCUAUGAGAGCAAGCUCGAUUCCAUGGUGGGGAAAACAGCCGAAAAAGACUGGCCAUUGUAAAAGUAUUUUGAACUGUAUACAUGUCGAUUGCUUUCAAAAUUUUGUAUUGAACAUAUCUAGGCUAUGUGGAUUUAUCUUGGUUUUUGUAAGAUU